AUGCCACGCCCCAAUCCCCCCCUCACCCCGGGCCCCUCCAGCGACAUCAGAGGGAAGGAGGGGCCUCACGCCGCGCCUGCCUUCCAUCUGCCUCCCACCGCCUACCACGCCGAGCAGGACCGCGCCAGCACCAGCUCUGCCACCCCCUCCGCCAAUGGCUCCGAUUCCUCAUAUCGCCCCGUCUCCCCCAAGUCCCCCGCAGACAUGGCCAGGAAACGGCCGGCCGUGCACCAGGGUUCCGUCAUCACCAAGGACGAUUUCGCCCUCCCUCCUCCCCCGACAAGAUCGCGCAAGAUCAUCCAGAUGAAGCCUCGCGAGGCCGAGCAACACGAGACUCCCCCGGCCGCUGUAGACCAGACCACGGGGAAGGCCCAACCUCAGGCCGGGGGCAAGCGGAAGCAGAACAAUGCGGGUUCCACAGCAGCGGGACGCAAGAUUGCUCGAAAGACGGCCCACAGUCUCAUUGAGCGGAGACGGAGGUCCAAGAUGAACGAAGAGUUCGGCGUGCUGAAAGAUAUGAUUCCGGCUUGCAAAGGCCAAGAGAUGCACAAGCUUGCCAUUCUGCAGGUCAGUAUGCCCAUACAACUCUCCUCGGCUUGCACUCCUGAACCUAACAUGUAGCAGGCAAGUAUCGACUAUCUCCGCUACCUCGAGCAAUGCGUCGCAGACCUGCAAGCCCAGAAUAACUCUCCCCGACCACCACCCCCACCAAGCACCAUCAGUAGGGCGCAAGGACAGGAUGAAGAAGAUGACGAGGAUGAAGAAAUGGAGGACGAGCAGGAAGCAGGAGCCGGCACAUCAACUCCGGCGACUCUCGAGCCAUGUGCCUCGGCCGUCUCCUUGCCCUCCCUCUCGCACAUCACCACCACCACCACCACCACCACCACCUCGCCCUCCAUCUUCUCCGCUGGUGCCGGACGACACUACUCCAUCUCCUCUGCAGCUUCCAGCUACUCGCCCUACUUCCAUUCCAACCAAGCCUCUCCCGCCUUUGGACCCCAGCUGCAUCACGUCUCCACCGCACCCACCUUCAGCGGUGCAUUCGGCCUUGGGAGUCCCGCUCUGAAACCCGUAGACUCUUCCUCCCACCUGCGCCAGAUCGCCGAAGGUGCUACAGAGCUGACCGAGAAGCAGCGCUCUGCACCCAACACGGCCCGAAGGGAACAUGAGCUUGAUCAAGAAGCGACCGCUGCCCUGUUGAUGUUAAAUCACGACCGAAGGAAUUGGCGCGCCGCUCACGAGACGGAGACCAGCCGUUCGAGCACCGGUAUGAGCGUCAAGGAUCUUCUGAGUGGGUAG